UGCUACGUCAUUCCCACUGUCUUGAAAGCCACGAAUUCAAACUGUGUAGAGCGUCUUCCUGCAACAUUGCCAAGGUCAAUCAACAAGGACUGAAAAGGAUAACAUUUCUGUAACAUUUUCCAAGAAAUAGACCUGGGCUCAAAAUGCCACCCCCCACUGGGUCGCUGGCCGUGGCUCCCCCGGAUGGAGGCUGGGGCUGGGUCGUGGUGUGUGGAGCCUUCAUCUCUAUUGGAUUCUCCUAUGCUUUCCCCAAAGCCACCACCAUCUUCUUCAAAGAUAUCCAGAACAUCUUUGAUGCGUCAUAUAGCCAAGUUGCCUGGAUCUCCUCCAUCAUGUUGGCAGUCAUGUAUGCAGGAGGCCCUAUAAGCAGUAUACUAGUAAACACAUAUGGAUGUCGGCCGGUCAUGAUGACGGGGGGGUUGCUGUGUUCCCUCGGCAUGAUUGGUGCUUCCUUCUGCAACAAUGUCAUACAACUCUACAUCUGCAUUGGGGUGAUUGGAGGCUUUGGUCUUGCCUUCAACCUCCAGCCAGCACUGACCAUGAUUGGGAAGUACUUUUAUAAGAAGCGGCCCAUUGCUAAUGGAUUUGCCAUGGCAGGCAGCCCUGUGUUUCUGAGCACACUCGCUCCUCUAAACCAGUACCUCAUUAAUGCUUUUGGAUGGAGGGGCAGUUUCCUCAUUCUUGGGGGGCUCCUGCUCAAUUGCUGUGUGGCUGGAUCCCUCAUGAGACCUCUCCCUCAGCCCGAGAAGACCACAGAGAAAGACAAGGACACCACCAUCCCUGUAGCCACAAAGACGGAAAAGCUCACAGCCUGGCAGACAGUCAACAAAUACUUGGACCUGUCCCUCUUCAAGCACCGAGGGUUCCUCAUCUACCUGUCUGGUAACGUGAUCAUGUUCAUUGGCUUCUUCGCACCCAUCGUUUUCCUCUCACCAUACGCCAAGGACAAUGGUAUAGAUGAAUACUCAGCAGCCUUGCUGCUCUCCAUCCUGGCCUUCGUGGACAUGUUUGCACGGCCUUCCAUGGGCCUAGUGGCAAACUCUCGCUGGGUGCGCCCUAAGAUCCAGUAUUUUUUCAGCUUUGCGGUGUUCUACAAUGGAGUGUGCCACAUUCUAUGCCCGCUGGCUCAGAACUACAUGGGCAUGGUGCUGUAUGCCAUCUUUUUUGGAUUCGCGUUUGGCAUGGUGAGUGCAGUGCUGUUCGAGACUCUCAUGGAUCUGGUUGGGGCUCAGAGGUUCUCCAGCGCUGUGGGCCUCACUACCAUUGUGGAGUGUUGCCCUGUUCUUAUUGGACCACCAUUGGCAGGGAAACUAGUCGAUGUCACAGGGAACUACAAGUACUUGUACAUCUGCUGUGGCUCAGUGGUGAUCUUUGCCAGCAUCUGGCUCUUCAUUGGCAACUUCAUCAACUACCGGCUGCUGGAACAGGAACGAAAGCAGGAGGAUCAGUAUAAACCAGCUGAGACGGAUGACCUGGAGAGAGACCGGGUGUUGGUGGGAGUGGAAGCCAGCACAGAUGCGGAGGCCAGCGAAGAGCUUUGCGGGAAUGGAGAAGGUGCCAUGCAGAGGGAGACUCACAUUUAGACUUCCUCCAAAACAAGUGCAGACACCUGGCUUUAUCAGGUGAAGACACCCUCACAGCAGGUUACAUGAAGCAACACACAACUGCCAAAGCAUGUCACAGCUCCUGAGAGGGCUUGAUAGGAAAGCCAGGGCUGUAAUAUACUAGUAUUUAGGUGAGUAAAACAAGACAUGCCUCGGUGGAAUUUUGAUGUGAAGACAGGAGUUGGUUUUGAAACUUAAGUUUGAGAAAACCCCCCCCAAAACAACAUAUCUAGUUUGUUAGUCUGUAUUAUCAAUGACAGUGAAGAAAAACAAGUAAAGUCUACUAACAACCAUGGCCUCAUUUCUUAAAAGUGUCAUAGUGUUAAGAUCUUAAAUGAGAGAGAGUGUUCAGUGUAACAAUCACUCUAAAGGUGAUCGUGUUACGAUGCUUUUGGGAAUCCCAGCCCAAUUUGAUAAGGAUAUAUACAAUUUUUUAGUAUUAAUGUUUCACCUCAGGAACUGGUCAUGUAAGCUACUCUUACAACCAUGACAAAGUUUCAGAUAAACAGAAGUGGCUCUGCAGAGGACUUAGACAGUCCUUGUGAGCCCUGUGUUUAGCUUGUGUCACCUGCGACACAUUAACUACCCACUGCUGCAAAUUGCACGCCCAUAUCUGCUGCGCUAUAAUUUAUAAUCUAUCUGAAUUACUAGUGUCACAUGGAUGAAUGUGUAUCAUUAUGUUUAUGGUAUUACAAAUGGCCUUAUAACAUAUUAUUGACCAAAAUGUUACUAAAAAUGCAUAUUACUGGUGAUCAUGGUCACUUUUUAAGCAGGAAUAAAUGUGCAAAACAAGUUUAUUUAUAAAUUAUGCAUUGCCUUAAGUGUAAAGAUUGUAACUAACAUAACUAACUCCCACAAACACAGAUACAAUAUAGCUAUCUUCCUAAUCGAGUAUAUUGAUGCACAUACCAAUCAGUUUGUUAGGUGUUAAGAAAUGAUAAGAAGUUUUAAAGUUUUAUUGGUGCAUCUGGGAAUUAUUUGAUGUAUUACACUUCAUAACUAAUCCAUGCAAUGCAAUUCAUUUUACUAUACACGAAUGAUAUCAUUUUUGCUUUGUGAGUGUUUGUAAGAUGUAAGAGCAUAAACCCUAUAUAAGAGCAUAAACCCUAUAUAAGAGCAUAAAGCCUAUAUAAGCAAGAUUAGUCAAAAGUAUGUAAUCUAAUUCUAUUACCAAUGUGUUAAUUAUAUUCUACUAUAUAACUGCUCAUGUGAUGUGGUAGCAAUGCGUACCUGUCCAUGUAAUGAACUCACACACAUGCACAUGUUUUUAAUAAGUGUAUCCAUAGCCAUAACUAUAUGGUGUAGGUUUUCAUAAACUAUGCAUGUCUGCUGUUAUCUUGCUGUUUUUGUGCUUUUUGCACCACAUGGGGUCAGUAAAGGCAAAAUUACUGAAAGGUGAAUGAAAAAAAUGAAUCUGUAAUAUGUAUAAAUCUCUAAGAAAGAAAAACUAUACUAAAAAGACCACACCUGUGAGUAAAUAGAUAAUGAGGCUAUUCUUUGUCAGAUUUGCAUUGCUAUAUUACUUUGUUUAUGAUAACCAGGAUAGGAUACAGAAUACAUUACAUAACAUAACAUAACAACAUAACAGGACUUUAUGGGGUGCACGGCACUAAUGUAAGUUUAUUCAGUAACUCAUUCACAUUGGUACAGGUUCAGAUUGACAUUUCUAUUUAUGCUCCAGCCAAAUGCUGGAGGUCAAGUGGACACAUGAAAGUACACCACAUGUCCACAUGAAUUUGACUAAACAACACUGCCUCCUAUAGACUGGACUAUCCAAACCGAUUGCAAUUGCCACUAAUGUUUGUGAGUUAUAGAUAUUCUCUUUGUCACGUGAGGAGGUAAAGCAGGAUGCGGGGACAAACCGUGUUGCACACAACGAACGUUUAUUGUGACACAAAAGACGACUAUGUGGUUAGCAGGCUAACCGGGUUUAAACAUCGACAACACCUAUACUCAGACACAAGAUUUAUAUGCAUACUAACGACACAAUAAGGAGCAGGUGUGAAACACAGGGAGGGCUUGACCAUAAGGAGGAACACACACACACACACACACACACACACACACAGGGAGGCGUUUGGGGGUGGGGCCGUACCGUGACACUAUGAUUUUAGUUGAAUUUCUUCUCACGUGGCAGUAGAGUUAGUAUAAUAUUUAAGCAUAUACUAUUAUAAUAGUCACAACAUAUUUUCAUUUUAUUUUCCAUAUUAGCUAGUUUAUUUGUAUCUCUGAAUUUUGCCAUGGUAAAUAAGUGCCAAUAAAUUCAAGCAGCAUAGUUCUAACUACUAACUACUAUCUAACUACUAUCUAACUACUAACUAGUAGUAAUAAUUAGUAGUUAUUAAUUAGUAAUAAUUAAUAUCCUGUUUAUGAUGUAUCUUGUACUCUGACGGGCCCACCAUGCUUUCACUUCAACACGGAGGUCAGUGGUGUGAGUGGCUAUAAAGAAAAUGAGUGUUCUUAGUGCAACAGUGCUAUGGUAAACUCCGUUCUGAAGGUCACUUGCAGUUCAUUAUUAUUGCUAAGCAUUGUGUUAAUCAUACCGCACUGUGUUAAUCAUAUACUUUGAUUAGUUGGUUCAAUGGCCUACACAUAUUGUCACUGAUUUUAGGAAGAUGUCUAUAAGUCUGUAUUUUGCAAAGUUUUAUAAAUUUGAAUGAAGUCUUUUAUUUCAUGAAAAGUCAAACAAAUUAGGAAUAAAAGCAUAUGUGUUCCACUUUAGUGGAAUAUACAUAUUUCUGGUUAUGUCUGCUCUAGUGAAUUGUGCAUAUUUCUUUGACCUAAUAUUUUUAGUUAAAGGACUAAAAUAUAUUCAUAUUCAAACUACUUAAAAAUUAGUUUGAAAAUAUAUGAUUUUGAUAUUUAGAUAACACCACCAGCCUUAUGAGAUGGAAUAAGACACCUAUAUAAUAACCUAUAUGCUGUCUAUGUAAUGUUUUUUGUUUUAAAAUGGGUAAUUUUUUAAAAUAAUUUUUUAUUUCUAUACAUUAUUUUUCUACAGACAGUUAAAACAAUUUGAAAGAAAACAAUAACAAUAAAAUAAAAAUAAGGGAUACUGGUAAAAAAAAAUUGUACAUAAUUUUACCAUCUUUGGUAGAUUGUACCAACAUGUGCCAUGCUAUUGUUAUCAAACUUUGUGUGUCUGUGAAGGCUAUAGUGUAAUAUUUACUGAUAUUUCUGUUUAAUAUUGUUGACAUUAAACUGCAGUGCAUCUGGAAAGAUACAAAAUCCUCCAACUGUGUGACUGUAUUUGCGAGCAUAGUGGAAAAGUUGUAACAUCUGUUACCUGUUUUACAUGUCUUUGUUACCAUUCAGAUUUGAUUAAACUAGGUUCAUGUACCUUCCAUGAAAGAUAAUUAAAAAUAAUUAUCAUUACUUGCCAAAAAUAAAUGUCAAUGACUUAGUCUGCAAUUGUGCCUUAUACAAAUACAAUAGGUACUAUUAGCACCCUACUAAAUUCAAGGGAAAAAUUGGUUAGCCUGCCAUGCAAAAUUUAUUAGCCUACAUUAAUGGCCAAGUUCAAAGCUCUAAACAGGAUAUGAUAUUAGGUUACAUUCUCUCUCACUGAGAUGAAAAUACUUGUUUGUUUUUUGACACGUGCGACCCCCUCCAUGUCAUAGUAUGCAUCAAUAGGCAGCUCCUUGCUAAUGGUAGAUUAGCAAAAUGCUGGAUCUGUUAACUUUUACUAGGGCCUUAACUAUAAUCUUAUAUAACAAUUGAUUAAAGUGACAGUUUUACCCCCAAACACCAGUGGAAUGCAACUAUCUAAGCAAGUCAAUACCUUUCAUGUUUUGGAGGCAUUAUCACAGACUAAGAAUGUGUAGAGGGCAUCAUUCUUUUCAAAGAUUAGAAUAUUAUCUUCAACUUAAUAAUGUUUCUUAGUGCCUUCACUGUUUGACAGGUAGUCAAGCUAUAAACACUCUACGAGGUCCUUAAAUCAUGUUGUAAUGAUUGUGACUGCUUUGUCCAUCGGUUGACCACCUCCCAUUAGUUAAUUAUUAGGUUUCUUUUUUUGCUAAUACAUCUAGAAGUGCAAAACAGCAACAUUUUACUAAUCUGAAUACUUUCCUUCAUCAGUAAACGUUUUCUGUAGAAGUGACCAAAAAUGAACAGAAGGUAUCGGAGUGCUUGUCAGAAACUAUUUUUUGCCCAAUGUUAAAAUGUCAUGACAACCUGUGACUGUGCAAAUGCAUCCACUACCUCUGCAAAUCAAUUCUGGGGAGAGACACGGAUAAACCCUUAUGCAAAUGAGGUUGCAUUUCUGGUAAACAGUUCAAUAAAGUCAAGACAUCUAAA